AUCAUGACCAGGAAAGCACGUGUUUAAAGGCUGCAGGGAGAAGCUGGCAUUUACUUUGGCCUCGUGGAAUCGGGGAGAGAGCAUGGCUGUGUGGGGGAAGGUGUGUGCUGGCUGUAGUAGAGUAAGACUAUGGUGUGUUUUUGGGCUCUGGGGUUUGUUGUUUGGCCUACUGGCUGUGCUGGUCUCCUCCCAGCCUCCUCCCCGGAAAGAAGAACGACGGCCAUUGAACCAGUUGGAGGAAACUUUCAUGGCCCAUGAUGGUCUCUUUCCUGGUUCUGAAGGUUCUGGGGGCCAGCCUGUUUUGGGACCUGAGGAGCCUCUCUCUCCACCACUACCAUCCUCAAUGGCCUCAUUUUUGACUGGCAGUAGUCUUGGCUUCACCAUCACCCCCAAGAGCUGCCAUCUCUCAGGCCACCAAUGGAUCCUACACUUCGAAGUGGUCUCCUUCAAUAAUGAUGAGGUUAUGGAACUAAAAGUCCAGGCACCGGCUGGCCCUCCCACCGGCCAACCCCUUGUCCUGGAGCUGCAGGCCAUCCAUGAGGGUGGAGGCUGGUUCCUGCUGGGCUCCUUCCCUGUCACCCUGCCAUCCUCCCACAUGGGCUCGGAACUGGUGCUGGAUGUGACCUGCCUCCUGGAGUAUUGGAUGCAGCUGGAGGAUGUUUUCCUGGGCUCCGUCGUCCUGUGGAGGGAAGAGCUGAGCUCCGGGAAUCGGCUCAACAACUCCAUCCUGCUGGCGUGCCUCGAGGCCCGUGCUGACCGCGACACGGUGCUGCUGGUCACGGCCUCACCCCCGGCCCGUCCUGUGCUGAUCCACCAGGCUGACUCUCAGAGUCCUGCCAAGCCCCCCUCCAGGAUGGCCCCAGAGGUCUCCCACGGGGAGCUCUGCCAGCUCAGUGACAUGGAGGUUGAUUUCCGGCUGCUGCCCUGGGGCUCAUCCAUUGUGCUGCCCAAGACCUUCAAUGCCUACAGGUGCAAGGGGGUUUGCCCAGAGGGAUUCCAUCAUCUGUCUGACUUUUCCAACUACUUCUCGAUGCAGAAACAGGUUUCCUGUCCCUGGAAGAGCCUGUCCUGUGUCCCCUCGCAGCUGAAACCACUUUCCUUGAUGGUCAUCGAGGCCAACACCCAGGCCGUAGUCCACCUACUUAAGAACAUGGUAGUGGCAGAAUGUGGCUGCCGCUAGCUUGGAGACCCAGUCUCUUCCUUGGCUGUGCAGGGCACAUAU